AAAACUCUUKAAGAAGACAAUGGCAUCUGAAGGCGACAUAGUAUUGAGCUAUUAUGACACUUGUUUGCGUACAUCGGAAGUGAAUCUACUAAAAGGAAACAAAUGGCUUAACGAUAAUGUUAUCGGCUUCUGGUUUGACUAUCUCGAGAACGAUCUCUACAGCGAUGUCAGCGAUCAUAUAGCCUUCUUGUCGCCAAAUGUCGUCCAUUUUAUCAAAUCUUCGGGCAAUAAACACAAUACCGAAGCUGUUGCCGAAAUGUUAGCCUCGAUGGUGUUACCCGACAAACAAUUGGUUCUAAUACCGGUCAACGAUUCCAGUGUUUACCAGAAGGAGACCAGCGGCAGCCACUGGAGUCUAUUGGUCUUUAAUAAACACCGACAAUCGUUUGAACACUACGACAGCCAUACGGGUAGUAUUAAUCGAUCGCAUGCCGAACACAUUGUAUCGAUAUUGACGCCAAUAGUGAUGGCCGGCAACGGCGACGGCGGCAAUCAGAAACCUCCGGCCGCCGAUCUUGAGCUGGAUCUGCAAGAGAUGGAGUGUACACAACAGGACAACAACUAUGACUGCGGUGUACAUCUCAUAUGUAAUGCCGAAGCUGUCUGUCGUCGACUGUUUCGUUCAGAUAGUCGACACAUUUGCGAAAUUUGUUCGCCAAAAGCCAUUGCAAAAGCCAGACGCGAUUUAUUACAACUGAUAGUAUCGCUGGCAAAAGGGACACAUAAUUCAAAAAAAUGA